AUGUAUCACGUGGUGGAGUUCAUGGACACUUGUGAGGUUGAGGUGGUGCCAGCCAACUGGCUCAGCGGGAACAAGUGUUUCUGGCCUCCAAGUAAAUCCAUAGUUGCAUCUCACAAAGCUGCGAGAAAUCGAGAUCAACCCACUUCUCUUUGGAGCCUCUACAAUAUUCGUGUGCUUUAUUCUCAUGAAUCAUAUGAACAUGCCAUGACCAAGCUUCCAGAUGCCACUGAAAUGUCAGAUCUUCAGACUGAAGAGGAGGAUGCAAAUAUUCCAGAAUAUUUGAGAAGAAAAAAUAGAGGCUGCAAAAGAAUCGACACUGAUGAAGAAGCUCCUGCAUGUAGUCCAGCAGCCCGCAAGAAGUCCUACACACAGCUUGUGAAUGCUCCACAGAUCACAGCCCCUGAAGCCAUAUUUGGAGAAAAUUUGGCAUCUUCCUCAGCAGUCACCACGCAUUGGUCCCUUGAAGCUCCUACAUGUUCUCCACCAGCCCGCAAGAAGCCCCGCACACAGCUUGUGAAUGCUCCCCACAUCAAAGCCCCUGAAGCCCUAUUACGAGAAAAUUUCCCAUCUUCCUCUAUCACCACGCCUUGGUCCCCUGUGGUCCCCACACCACCUUGGAAUCCGCCUCGGAGGCCCUCAGAUUCCACUGCAGACCUUAUCCCUCCACAAGAACAGCAUUUGGAUCACUCCAUGACACCAGAACAUGGCCGGGUUUCUGUAGAGGCUGUGCCUACAUCCCUUCUGAGGGAGAUUCUUAUCCAGUUGACUACUAUCCGAGAGCAGCAAAUGCUCAUUUUGGUUCAACUCCAGUCACACUCCACCGGUCGUCCAGUUUCUGAAGCUCUGCCUGAAGCGUCACACUGUCGACUGCCACUUUCUUCCCAGGAAGACCUUCAGAAUCUGGAGGUCCUCUUGAAGAACCCCGAAGAGAAAAGAAAUUUGACAGUACAUCUGGGAAUUGUGGGGGGAUUGACUGUGAAGGAGACCGUUUGGCGCAUAAUGAAGAGGACAGUAACCACAUCUCUGGCGAAAGGACUGAACUGGAGUGGCGCGAAUGGCAAGCCAGCAUUCAAAAACUUGGCUUUGAAGCUUGUUGUUCUGGAUGCUGUCAGAAGAAAUGUGUUGACAAAAGAUGCUUCAGACAAACAAAUUGAACAGUUGAUCACCCGCUGGCUCCAGCUAGCAGCGGACAGAGAUGGAGGAAGGAGUCAAAGGGCUCAAAGGGGUCGUCAGGCUUCCUAAAGGCAUCGUGUUUGUUACACAUUUUUAGUGCGCGUGCGUGUGGUGGUUUGUGUGCGUGUGGUGGUUUGUGUGCGCGUGAUUUUUAGUUUAUUCACAUGAAUGGAAAUGUUUUUUGAAGUUUCCAUUUGAUAUCUUUUAGUUUGAAAUUUUACCCUAUUAACCUGUAGUAUCUCCCAAUGGCAAAAUGCAUGCGAAAUCUGUUAUGA